AUGCCCAACCGGCGCCCAAGACCGACAGGGAAAAAGGCGACUCCUCCACGACCUCGGCCUCACCGCUUGCGCAACCACCCUCUCCAUCCCACACCUCUUCACGUCAACUGGUCGUGUGCCCCCCAUGGCCACCUGGUGAGCAAUGUCGGACCUUCCAGGGUCACGGUCACGCUCGCCGGCCCCUCCUCCGCCGCCGCCGCCGACGCAGAAGUACUCGCGCGCCGCCAACGCGCUGGCCCGCUUUGCUCAACCCUUCUUCUCCGGAUCCCGACCCCCCAGUCCGCAGAGCAGCCGAGUGGAUGGUCCCCGACCGAUCAGGUCAAAAUCUCUGUACGUGUUGCAUGCACUUUCACACCGCUCGUGCCUCAGUUCGAGUACGAGUCGGCCUCCAUUCUGAUCUCUCUCAUCCUUUACCCUAAGCCACCCCCUCAUGUCCGCGCUCCCGCUGCUGCCCGAGAACCGCAGACAGUCACUCACCGAACCGGCAUCCCCAUCGCCGCCCUCGAUAUCUCGCCGCAGCGGACACAUGCGGUGAUUGGUGGCAAGGACAUACUCAAAACCAUCCGCGUCUCGCCUGACCAUUCGUCGGAGGAAUUUAAUAUUCGCAACACGGUCAUCAGCUAUGCAUCUACCCACCACGACGCCGGCGUGUCAAUGCCGCACAAGGAUCAGUUGAAUGUCAAGGACGUCAAGUGGUCACAUGGCAAUUACGACCGAAUAAUCGCCACGGCUGUCGCCAAUGGCCGCGUCGUCGUUUACGACCUGCAGCGGCCCGGCCUCCAAUUAUGUCGCUUCCAGGGCCACAACCGCCAGGUUCACAGACUCACCUUCAACCCCUAUUUCGCCUCUUGGCUUCUCUCCGGCAGUCAAGAUGGUACCAUCCGGAUGUGGGAUCUACGAUCCGCCUCUGCGAAUCGGGGGCCUUCCACGUGCGGCAGCAAGCAUGUCUAUCAGGGCAAUAGCGAUGCUAUCCGGGACGUCCGGUGGUCGCCCACCGACGGCGUCGUGUUUGCGACCGCUUCGGACAGCGGCGCCAUUCAGAUGUGGGAUUGGCGCAAGGUGAACGCCCCGCUCAUGAGGAUUGCGGCUCACGAUCGCCCGUGUUUCGCCGUCGACUGGCACCCUGAUGGGAAGCACAUCGUCAGCAGUGGUACAGACCGCCAAGUCAAGGUCUGGGAUUUCUCCUCCUCUGCGGAGCGCCGCCAGAAACCUGCAUUCCAGUUCCGGACCCCCCAGGCCGUCACCAAUGUCCGUUGGCGACCUCCUUCCUGGGUAGGCGACUCGCCCGCCUCGGGCGAGUGGCAAUCCUCCCAGAUCGUGACGGCUUACGACAAGGAAGACCCGCGCAUCCACUUAUGGGAUCUCCGUCGCCCGCAUAUGCCCUUCCGGGAGUUUGACCGAUAUGACGCCCCGGCCACGGAUCUGCUUUGGCAUUCCAAGGACCUGUUGUGGACCGUCGGGGAGGCUGGGGCCUUCACCCAAACCGACGUCCGCUACUCCCCGACGUUGGUCAAGCGCCGGCCGAUGUGCUCGGUUGCCUGGAGCCCCAAUGGCGAGUUUGUGGCCUUUGGCCAAAGGCGGCCGAGGCGACAACCACUGAAUGUCAACCCUGCCGAACCGAUUACUUACGAUGAGGACCAAUUUAGCACCGGUGAGAAAUCACUUAGCCAAAGCCCGAUAGACGACAUCCUAGACGAAGCCGCUCUUGCUUCGUCAUUACGCAGUCGGCAAACCAAGCCCUUCACGACGAUCUCGACCUCCAAAUCACUGGGCAACACCCCUCCCGGAGUCGGGGACAGCAUCCCUGUCCUCGACCUCGAACAAGCUUUAGCCAAGAUCUCCACGCCCCUUCCUAGUCAGGCUGGCGCGAUCGGGAGCAUCCCCGGUGCUACGAACGAUGCAUCCCUCUUCCGAUUCUUGGCACAAAAUUACUCGCCGCUCAUAAACGAAAAAACCCAUAAUCUCCAAGCAAAUGUUCUGAAUUCUUUGAUAGAGUCCCUCGAUCAUAAUGCGGAACGUGCUGAUGAGGUGGCUCUCCCCAAAUUGGCUCAAACCUGGCGCAUCGUCAAGUUCACCAUUCUGCAAGAGCUUCAACGUAGAUCGAGAGGGCAACCUGCAAGCAGGGGCGGGGGUACUCUCAAGACGAAAUCUUCCAAAGACGGAUUGCUGUCGGAGAAAAACCGGCCGGUGGAUGAAAACAGGCAAGGCAAGGUUAAAAGCCGACUCUUCAAAGGAGUCAUUGAGACAGAAGGCCAGAAAGGACUCACGCCUGAAGCCGAAAGCACGUCGAACAUGACUACACCAUUGGCGCAGCCAUUGCCGGAUUCGCCUAUGGACUCCUGGUCGGAUAGUGACUCACUGACCCCUUCGAUAAACGACAAUGCGGCCGACCUCGACCCUCUUCCCCCGUCUGUUUUAAGCUCUAAUAACGGCUGGGGAAUGUCCGAUCCCGAAGCCCGCCUACCCAUGCCACUUCAGCAAGGACAGUCCGCUACAUCUAGCGAGGGAAUGCUUUCUUCCAGUCACGCAAUUGACUAUUUGCGCGACCCCGGACAGACAGAUCCGCAUAGCGAUCAAAGAUCAGCACCUCGAGCCAUUGCAGGCAGAGCAGACUGGCGUUCGCGGCGUCCUCCAGAGUUAUUACGCGAAGCACCCGAAGAUGACUAUGAUCAACAAAUGGAAGACAAACGUGCGGCUAUUCGGGACUUUAAACAAACCCCCAAGAAGGUCUUGACGUUGGGUUCCCCUAUCGGUUCUAACCGCCCACCCAUGGAGCGUUACCAUCGCCACGAUUCCUCGGAGAGUUUUCCCAUGUUCUCCGCGUCGACUGACAGCUCGCAUCCUUCCAAAUCCAUUGGUGCCUCGUACUCCUCUAAUGGUCAGUUUCCCGACCGUCGAAUGUCAGAUGGUGGUCAAGCUGGGUCUUUCAACGGCGGCCGGCUCGCCUCUUCUGCAAGACGAGAGUCCAACCUCGAACCCGCCCAAGAAGAACCCGAAGACGAUCUGGAAAUUGACGAUUUGACUUUGGAAAGUGCUGGGCUUCACUUGGAGAGACCAUCUAGCCCUGCUCCGCUGAUAAAAGAAUCGACUCCCCUCGAACACCAAGACCACGACGGAAACUUUCAGUCCUCGAGAAACAACCUCUCCGCCAAUACAGCUGUGUACCCGGCAAUCGCUGGAAUUUACGAAGAUCUUUCACAAGUGAAACUCCCGCUUAUCCCUGACACAGCAGACCCCAAACCAUGGAGUAUCGAGGCCAUCCUGAAGGAGGCAGUGCGCUAUUAUCACAGCAGCAGUAGCUCCGUGGACAUUCAAACUGCUGCUCAUUUACUCCACAAGUUCCACAUUCUCUUCGAGGACUGUGAGGAUAUUCUUCCAUAUGAAGAAUGUGAAAUGGUCUUUAAAGCUUACAAUGAAGCACUUGUUCGCCAUUCGUUGGACUUGGAGGCUGCAGAGCUUCGCCUGUCAUGCGUUGCAAAGUAUCCCGCCGUUUAUGACUAUGCUCAAGCAGACACUUUCAUCAACGCCUUUUGCCACUCCUGUCAACGGCCAUAUGAAAAUCCCGUGCGUGACAACACGCGCUGCCAUCGUUGCAACACACCGCAGUCGCCAUGCUCGAUUUGCUCUAGCAUCGACCCGCCUGCUGAGUGGGUUAGAGCUCAAUCCCAGGAACCAACCAUCCAAGUACAAAACAACGCAUGCCCCAAUCCAGAUGCCGACACCAUUUCACGCCUCUCCUCAGAGUCCUCAGUUCUCACUGAGCCCGUCCCAGCCAAUGAGCCCGAUUCACUCGAGUCUUUCACUACCCCUAGACCCCAAGGCUCCGCCCUUUGGUCAUGGUGCCAAGGCUGCGGGCAUGGCGGCCACCUAGCUUGCAUCACAACCUGGCUCGGCGAUCUUUCUAUGAGCGAAGGCGGCUGUGCAACACCUGGCUGCUUACACGACUGUGGACCAGGCUUCCGUCGCGAAUUCAACCGCCAGGUCUUUCUUACUGAAUCCAAGCGUCGUGAUUCCGCCAGCCGCUCCGCUGGCGUCGGUCUCGUGAAACGCGAUCCCUGGUCCAAGGGCGAGAGUAAAGCUGUCGAGAAAGUCCGCGGUAUGCUCGGUGCUGCAGGAGUCGCUGCUGCGACAGGGGGAAACGGUACUGUUUCCAAUGCUUCGGGCACCAAUUCUGCCGGGCAGAGUGCCCUAUCUUCUGGUGCGGUCUCGCCCAAGAAGGUGAGACUUGUCACACCUGUCGAGCAAGGCAGGCGAAGAGCUGCGCCUAGUCGGGCUAGUAGUGGUGCGGCGAAGGAGUAA